CCCGCAACCAUGUUUCGCGUGCCCUCCUCUACGCCGCCAUCGACACCGGGACGAGAAUCCAGUCGCUCAAAUCGACCCUUUCUAUCCACGACACCAGCCGGCCCGCCUCCGGAGCUCUUUAGCCCCAAUCAUCCCUCGAGUACACCCGCAGGGCCUCCACCAAACUUCAAUAGUCUCUUCGGCGCCUCGCGACCCAAUUUCGACAGACCGGGCCAGCCAAAAUUCGAUCAAUCAGCAUUCGGCAGCUCACCACCUAAGCAUGGCAUCUAUGAAGGAGUCGGCGAGGGAUCAUUGAGAAGCUCCACCUCAGGUCGGCCAGGGUCACAACGUGGGAGAACGGCGAGCUCGGGUCAUCGCUUCCAGAGUAGUCCCCCACGAGCCACAGGAGAGGCAGGCGAUAGCGAAGAGGGGGAUGAGGAUAUGGAUGCAGAGGGCGACGAAGACGACGACGUGCAUGAUGGGUACUACCGUCCUGUUCAGCGACGUUCGCUUGCUCAGAAUCAGUUGUCGCAAUCAGUUGUUUCACGGACCAGUGUGACCGAUUCCGUGUCCGGUCCCAGUAUUGUGCAAUCCGGCGCAAAACAAAAACAAUACGACUUGCCGAAUAUUGCCAAAGGCCUGACACCGAACAACGAUCGCAUAACGCUGCAUGAACCGGACAGACUUGUGUUGGAAACAGAAGAGUUGUUGACGACAUUGGCUGAAUCGUCUGAAAGUGAUGGACCGGCGCAACAAGCCCGCUUCAUCGGAAACAUCGCUCAGGACCUGCUCCAGAAAUGGCAAAAAACCCUAUCUUCAACAUCCCAAUCCAUGCCUUCAAGCCGAUCAGCAUCUACUGCUGCAUUGAAGAAUGCCGUAAAAUUGGCAGAUCUUCUUAUCAACAUUCACCAUCCCGGUCCCACCGCUGAUGCGGAACGCCUUGCAGCGUCAACGUUUUCACUCGCGCGCGUCGGGGCGGCGAGCUUCACACCCAUACCUAAAGUUCUGCUAGAUUGGCUAAACAAGUACCGGUCAAGUGCAUCAGAGAUUGAUAUGGUUUUAAGGGAGAGCGGAGGAUAUUCUAGGCACCAAUACUUCUGGGAUGCUGUGCAUACAUCCGUCUUCCGCGGAGAAUUCACCAAAACGGCAGAACUCCUGCAGGGCGCCAAUUUUGCGGUUGCUGAAACAGCUCAAGCGGACGACCUCGGCGGGCUAGGAUACGAGGGACAACAUCGCAGGUAUGCGGAAGAGGCCACAUAUGCAGCCUUGGAUCUGCUCCAAGAAUGCCCAGCUGUGCGCGCAAACGACUGGGAUGUCAAAGGACGUGACUGGAGUAUCUUCAGGAGGAAUGUGCACCGGGCGUACAGCAACUUGGCAGAGCUUGCAGAAGGUGAAAGCAUCAAUCGACAAUCAUUUUCACAGCCCUUCCAAGCCUCACACUUCGGUAUUUCACAGUCACAGGCUAGCUUUCAACUCAGCGUUGCCAGCCGUAGAGCAGAAAGUAAAGUUCCUUGGUCUGUCUAUCAAAACCUCAGCAAAUUCUACCAACUAUUGCUCGGAAAUGAGGAAGAGAUGAUGGCGCUGGCGACCGACUGGAUCGAUGCCACUCUAGGUCUCGCAAUAUGGUGGGAUGGAGAGGAGCAAGAGCCUACUCAGGGUACCUUUGUUGCAAGCCGUCGCUCUCCUGCCCGGCCGCAACGGAUAAGAACUGUUGACGUUACUCCAGCUAAAGCUUAUUCCCAACGUAUGGCAUCGGCGCUUGCUGCUGUAUUUGACAGCGACGAAGAUUUCACCGUUAACACAACGGACCGUUUCGAAGUUGGGGUUGCUUGUAUCCUGGAUGACAAUGUGGAAAGUGCAUUGCAGAUCCUCCGGGGCUCAUCCCUUGUGAUAGCAUCUGCGGUUGCUGAAGUUGCAACCGCAGGCGAAUGGAUGAUUCUCGCUGACGGCAUCCUUGAUCAAUUCGAUCAGAGUGACCUCAUGGUCCUAAGUUACACGGAGCAACAUCGAAGCGGAGUAUCCAAGGACGAACUUCUGGUCGCUUAUUCGAAGCUUCUUACGCCGAGAGAGCAAAUCAGUAGUGCAGAUGGCAGAACGGUGAAGGAGGGCUGGGAGCUGGCAAUACGAGCUUUGGGGAGGCUGAGUGACUCAGUUCUGGCAAACGAGCGCAUUGAGAGGAUUCUAGACCAACUCGAGCUGCAAUCCACCGAACGCGUGGAUAAAAUCAUACAGAUAUGUCACGCUAUCGGACUUUCAAACCAGGCGUUCGGUAUAUCGCUGAAAUACGCCGAUCACCUUCGUACCAACACCCAAAAUUAUGGCGACACUCUUCUGUACUACGCACGAGCUCAUGCAAACUCGAAGAUACAAGAGGUGCUCCGUGUUCUCGUCGCACACUGCCUUGUAAAAUCCAUCGCGUAUCCGCCUCCUGCACGGCUUGAUGAAUCGCUGCGUGCUUUGGUUACUUCACCUAAGAGGACUCUUACCCAACUCGCAAGCCUUGAUUCAGAAGCAGCACAAAUGCUUUCCAAUCAACUGAGCGGUUACGCAACGAUCCGUAAAUAUUACGACUUACGAGACGAGGAAAUUUUGGUUCAAGACGGCCAGAAACCCGCUCAUCGACCGAUGGCGAGGAAACGAGUAGCGGCCAAUGCGCUCAUGGUCAUCAUUGGAAGCGCAGCAUCUAGCAUCCAUGGAGGCCUCUAUGACCCUGAAGUAGAAACUGUAGUACAUGUUGAUGUGCUAUUGCCCCUCCUAGGCGAGGCGCUCGUCUUCAUCAACCAAAAUAAACGCACUCUCACACUACGCCACCUCUAUUCUCUUCUUGCCGCCAUCGAAGACCUAGACACAGCCCCCAGCAUGAUUCGCACGCAAUGCGAAGAAGCACUCCAAACCACCCUUGCAGCCGCCCACUCUACCUCGCCGCAAUCCAUGCUUCAUAAGUCGACUUCCAACCUCACAACGGCGUCCUCGCAAUUCUCCCUUAUCAACUCGGUUGAUCUGGGCUCUGUGGAUGCGGCAACAACGCAAAGCAGUGUUGAGAACUCCGCUGUUCUAAUCAAAGACGGCAGUGUUGAUGAUGGUGUGAGGGGCUGGGAUUGGCGCAAAGGAUUCCCGAAAGGGGCCAGGGGAGAGGAUUUGAUCAGGCUGCUGAGAUUAGGGGUUGCAAGGGAGGUUGCAAGGGCGUUUGCUGAAGGAGACGUUCAGCCGUGA